GCACAUAUACAAUGCCUCCCCUACCACUCAAGUUCGACGAGGAGACUCUGAAACUCCUGGACGCUGUCGAGAGGCACGCGAAAGAUAUCGAAGAUUUCCAGAUUCCCCGUCUUCGCUCGUGCGAAGGACCGUUCGCAGUCCAGCAAACGUUGGCGUCAGAACUACGGGAGGACGUGGAUGCAUUGGCCCGGCAAGUGGAGGCAUUAGAUGUGCUUGUCGAUGAUCAGCGGGGUGCCAGCAACAAAAGGGGCCUGCGGACUAUCGUCGAAGAGCUGAGCGAAAGACUGAACGCAAUAAGACGGGAAUCCCGUGCAGCACUCUUAGCAUCGAAGCGUACACUCGACUCUCUUUCAACUUCACGCCGCGACGAAUUGCUGGGGUCCGCUUCUGUUUCAGAGAAGCAAGGAUCGAAUGGACGUUUUGCCGAGGAUGCGCUCAUGGCUGCGAGCGACAAGGUCACAGACGCAAUGCAGCGCACAAUGGAGCUUAUGGAUGCAGAGCUGAAGCGAUCUGUGCUCGUUUCGCAGACACUAGCCGACUCCACGGCCACACUCAAGUCCACUUCAUUGACGCAUGAUACUCUCACCACCGUCUUGGAUACCUCGAAGCAUCUCGUGACGGCCCUCGAGAAGGCUGACACGCUUGACCGAUUGUUGAUCGGCGCAGCACUGGUGCUUUUCAUCCUAGUUGUGCUCUUCAUUCUCAAGCAACGAAUAUUUGACCGUGGAAUGCGCGUGGCCUUCUGGUGGACCCGUUUCCUGCCUGAUUUCAGCGGAGACGGCGAUCUAUUGAACGUCGGAAGGGAACUGGGACUUUUGAAAUCGUUUCCAGCACGUUGGCCUCCACCGCAUCUUCGAUUCUAACAGUAUCGACUGCGGAGGCAGCACAUUUGGCAGAGAACACCUUGUCAGUACUUGCGACGUUGGAAUCUCUAUCAGCGACAUUGGAGUCUAUUCCUACGGCAUCGGAGUCUCUUUCUGGGGCAUCGGAGUCGGCGUCGGAGUCCCCUUCGGCGACACCGGAGGCUUUUUCUACGGCACUGGAUUCUUUUUCGACGACGCAGGCCCGUACACCAGAGUCGACAGCUCGCGA